AAUAUAGUUUAAUUUAAAACUUGAUGUGAUUGGUAGUACUUUCUGAAAAUUUGAAAAUAACUUACUGUACUGUUUUUCAAAACUAUUUCAUAUAUUGCAAAGAUUCGAUUGGUUCCUUUUACCCGAUAAAAAUAAUAAUAAUGUCGAAAUUACUUGAAUGGAUAACUUUGGUAUCGGCUAUACUAACUCUCUGGUUGGCUGUAUUAUUCGAAAAAACACCUUUUGAAAUGAAUUCCAACACCAGAAAUGUUUUACUUCUAGUUAGUAUAAUUCUCUUUUUUCCACUGCAUCCGACUGCUGGAUGCAACUCCUUUUAUAGUUACUAUUCCUAGUGAUUUAGAGUGAAUAAUAAAAUUAUCCCGGUCACCCAUUAGAAAGAGCCAUAUAAGUGUUAACACCCCUAAGCGGGAAGUAAAGCCUUUUUAAUACCUGUCAUUGUCGGGAAAAGUCGUUUCAUUAGUAUAUCCUUAGGUUAGCGGAUGUUAAUUUUCCAUUCGAGUGCUUACUUCUACAAACGGUUUUGUUAAACUUGACUUUCACUCUUUGCAAGAGUAAUUCUAAAUGUUCUAAUCACGGUAAUAAAUCUACAGGCUGUUAAAAGUGAAAGUUUAGUUUUUUUAAUAUGCUCGACAUCCCCUCCAAGACUUUCUUUCUAUUUUUCACAUCUCUCUGUAAACUACUUUCGUACCAUGUCUAUGGUCGUUUUUCUAACCUUAAGUAUUAAUUAUAUUUAUGAUCUCUUGCAGUCGCCCAUUCUACUAGGUAUCGGAUUUGCGGUAUUUUCAGCCGGAGUUGUUGCCUAUCGCGUAGCUACAUUUAACGAUUGUGUGGAUGCUUCAGAAGAAUUGAAGCAGCAAAUUCGCGAAGCCAAGAAUGAUUUGAAGACGAAGGGUUUCGAGUUUAGUUCGUAA